AUUUGUUACAAAUUUUCGCGCCAAAUGAAAUCAAGCUCAAGCUGCCGAUGCCAAAACACAAACAAUAGUUGUCUUGUCAGCUGACAGUUCUUUACCAAAUUAUUGUAGAUUUGUAUUGUUAUGUCGUAUGAAUAUGGACUGUAAUAGCGACACUUCAAUGCACUCGGACGACUUAAAACCACGACGUACUCCACUACCAGCCAUGUUCUCGGACAUGAUCCCACGCCCGUCGGUUCCAGAUUUAUCAAUAAUAGAAACAUCUCAGAGCAGUGCCCCAGCUCCACCCAAUGUAUCUGUUCAGUCCCAAACUGUUCUCAAUCACCUGUCUUACAAUGAUUGGCGUUUGAAGACAGGCAAUGCUCCAUUCAGUGGAGUUGCGAAGAACAUUGAAAGAGGAUGUGAUCCUACUUCUCUGUCAUCGAAACACUGUAGUCCUACGAUUAUGAGUGGCAAUGGCUCUCCUCGAGAUAUCACGGGCUAUCCCAAGGAGAAAGUAACCGAACAUCUUUCCAACAAACCUUUACCGCCCGUAAGGAAAAUUGUGACCUACACUGACUUUCAGAAACGCCCAACAAGUGCUCCUGCUGUGAGAACUCAGCAAGUCGAAAGUGUAGGGGAUCAUCCUCUUUCCAAGAGUGCUCCACCUACCAGACCAUCAAAUCUGCAUACCCAUCACACCUCAGCACCAAAUGGAUAUACCAGUCCCACUGCUGAACCAAAUGCGUUUGUCAGCCAAACACAUGCUCAGAAUGGUUUUCGUAAUAUUGGUAACAUGCACGCCCAGUACCAUAUCCUGCAGCCACAACCAAAUGUUGAGAUGCCCGAGUCUCUGACAAACCAACAAGGACCUCAUGCUAUCAGACCAUUUACCUCUGCCAACUUGGAUAACUUUGAUGUCAGAAGUCAAAACAAUGGUCGAAAUUCUGAACUUUUAGUUCCUUACAAAGAUAUGAAAAGUAAUGUUCAAUUGCCCAGUAAUGAGUCAUCUUACCACCCACGUCAUGCUUACCCGCAUCAGGAGAGAAAUUAUAAUGUUCAUCCGGCUGAGUACCAUCAACUGAGGAAAAGUGGUGGUUCAUGGUCCUUUCCAGAUCAAGGCUGCUGCAUGUCUUCUGUGGCUUGUCAUCAUCCCAGCCAACUGCACCCAUUACACAGUGUUCCUUACCCUCAAGUAUCAUAUGAUGAGUUAUACAAAAUAGUUCUGGCCCAGAAUGAUCAAUUGAAAACACUUCAGGCUCAAGUUGAACGACUGUUAGUGUCACAAGAUCAGCAGCAGAGUUCGGCUCAAGCUCCCCUCAAAGAAAAAGAGGUUGAGAAACUCCCAGCAUUGAAAACUAACCCUGCUAAAGCAGUAGUUACGGAGGAAGGAACUCAAACCUCAGACUGUGAAUAUGCCGAGGAUGACUGUCAGAAAAUGUCAAUUGGUGUGAUGACAAGUUUUAUACAAACUGUCACAUAUAGAGGCCGAGUAGGGCGAAAUAAUGUCUCUGAGCAUGAAGGCAGCCAGUCAAAAAAUAGCAACUCAAGCAAGUCUCCAUCCAGUGAUGACAGCAGUACAACUUCUGCAAGUUCUACCUCAAAGUCCAGCUCAGACAAAGGUAGAAUGUGCUGCAAAGAAUGCUCAUCAAAAGAAGGUCACAUUGACGUGAAGAAUCACUCAUCCAAACCAGAGAAGGUGAGACAAAUCUCAAGGGAUGUAUCAGAGCAACCGAGAACGGGAUCCAAAAUGAAGAAAACCUGUUCUGAAGGAUGUAACUGCAACAAUCCAGGGGUAUCAGCUGCUAUAUCUGCUGUGAGGGGCUGUCAAGCUGUACUAGCUAGUAAAGCUGGUAUGACACCAAAUGAGUAUUCUACAUUUAAUGGUGCUGAUUUACCCACUGUUACUGAGCAGCCUGUAUCUCCCAUGUCAUCAGUUCAUGUUGAUUUACCCGACUACCGCAGUUCAUCAUCUGAUGAAGAGUCCAACUCCACAGAAAGUGAUGAUUCUGAAAAUUCUGAGGAAAAUGACCACAAAUUAGAUAAGAGUCACGAAACUGCUCACAAACCAUUUGGAAGGACAUUCUACAAUAAUGUCUUGGGCCAAGUCAAUAAAAUUCUGGAGGAGCGGGAUGUGGGAAAUUCUUCCCCAAUUACUUCCAAGCAAACUGAUGUCAGUGUGUCCAAAAGAGUGGCCUUUGAAGCAACAGGUAUCAAAGGUGAACAUAAUCUGAAGGAAAUGGCACUAAGAUAUUUGAAAGAAAAUCACCCUGAAGAACUAGCGUCAAGUCUAGAAACUAAAAAGCCCAAGAAGACUCGCGGGGGGAAAGGGAAAGAAAGAGGAAAUUUUAACAUGCCAGCUCCUAACAUGUCAUUUGCUACAUUUCGCUAUUUGGAGCGAUAUAAUCUUCUCCCCGAAAACUUCAACCCUGAACAGUACCUAGAAGAAGCAGCAAACAUCCAGGGCUAUCAUGGCAACACUAAAGAACCUUAUCACAGUCCAAUUCUCAACAGAGGAAGUGGGAAACAGUCCCGAUUGCCAUCAGGAAAGGUCAAGUCAAGAUCCAACUUUCCACAAUUGGAGCCAUCAAGGGAUAUCAAUUAUCAGCUGCAAACUGCUAACAAGAGUCAUCCCAAAGGUCGUACUAACCCAGCUCCACUGCAUCAUGCAUCUUCAAGGAAACAUCCUCAGGCAACUACUGCAACCAGUAAAAUUCUUGACAUCACUACCUUGCGGCAGCAACCCAAAUUAUUGUGAUAAAUAGAUAUAUAUUUAAUUUAAAUCUUUCUAUUCCUGUUUUCCAGAAGGAACUUUUAAGAAAUUUGCUCUGUUUUUAUUUUUAUACAAUACAUAUGUUGAGAUUUUAAUUA